AUGACAGAGACCACAUCCGUAGUCGAGGUUCAUCCGGGGCAUUACUGGACUGCACAGCCCCUGGGCGAUGAGGAUGACUCAACUCGCGGCGACGACGCGUCCACAUCUACUGCGUCCAUCGCCUCGUCAAUCUUGCACUACCGGACCGUAAAUGGACGAACUUAUCACAGCGAUGCCGUUACAGAAACGAAGUACUGUGACUUUGCCGACUUACACCCUAACGUUACAGUGAUCGGCACUGACAUAUCCCCCAUUCAGCCGGCGUGGGUGCCGCCUAACGUGAAAUUCCAGAUCGAUGACUUUACACAGCCGUGGACUUUUGCGGAGGAAUCAGUCGACUUCAUCUACGCACGGUGGCUAAUCGGCUGCGUGACGAACUGGACAGCUCUGUUCAAGGAGGCAUACCGAACCCUGAAGCCAGGCGGCUGGAUUGAAACAUUCGAGAGUGACGGAUUCUUCGAGUCCGACGACGGCACUCUAACCGACAAGAACGCCUCUAGCCAAUGGGGUCACAUCUUUAGUGAGGCCACCAAAAAACACGGCUCGACCGCUUCCUUCACAGUAGUUCGUGACAAGGUGCAGCAGAAAAGCUUAAGAGAAGCGGGUUUCGUCAACAUCCAAGAGAACCCAAUCAAGUGCCCUUUUUCCGAAUGGCCAGAAGACCUGAAACUGAAGGAGAUUGGCCUGUUUACUCGAGCUGCCUGGGAAGCUGAUCCCGAGGGCUUUAUAGGCUACAUGGCGCACUCGCUUGGCUGGACAAAGGAGGAGAUCACCGUAUACUGUGCUCACAUGCGCCGCGAAUUGCGUGGUCUGAAGAUUCAUCUGUUUUAUAGAGUGAAUGCGGUAUGGGCCCAAAAGCCUUUUUCUCCUAGCUAG